AUGGGUGCUGCCUUCUCCUCUGCCGCCGUCUCCAUCAGGAGCAGAGCAACGAAGAACAACAACCAACAGACGCUACUCGCCGCAUCGGACGCCGGCGCCGGCGCCGACGAUGACGAUCACUGGUCCGGCCUACCAGAGGACCUCCUACUCGUCGUCAUCAUGUCCUCCCUAGACGUCCCGAGCCUCGUCCGCUCCGGCGCCGUCUGCACCACCUGGCGCGCCGCCUACGCGGCAUUCCGAACCCUCCGCCUCCCAUCCCCGGCGCAGGGCCCGUGCAUGCUCUACGCCGCCGACAACGGCUCCGACGGAGGCGCAAUGUACAUGUACUGCCCCUCCACCAACGCCAAAUUCCGCGUCCCCUUCUUCCACUCGGAAGAACGGGGCGGACCCGGAUUCGUCUUCUCCGCCUCCGGCGCCUGGGUCUUCACCACGGACGAAGCCGGCGACCCGUUCCUCCUCAACCCUCUCACGGGCGCCCGCGCCUUGCUCCCGCCCGUCAGGACGCUCCCGGGCCUGGACGCCUUCUUCGACGCGCAGGGUGAUUCGACGGGGCCCGGCGGGCUGCCCGUGCGCGCCAAAGACUGGGCGUUCCGCCGCGUGGCCAUCGGCUCGGACGACGACAGGACACCACUCGUCAUGGUCGUUCACAUGCUGAACGAGAUGCUCGCCUUCGCGCGCCCCGGGGACGCCCGCUGGACGCCGCUCUCCGGCGUCGGGCCCCUGGUCGGCCAGCACCGCCGCUGCUUCAGCGACGUCGUGUACCACCGAAGCAGAGGACUGUUCUACGCGCUGCGCCGCGACGGGUCCGUCUACAACGUCGAUCUCCAUGGCCAUGGCGGCGGCAGGCGUUUGCCGGAGGUGAGGAAGAUCAUGCGUGAAGUGUCGGUGGUGUCAAGCGACGUCAAGUACCUCGCCGUAGCGCCGCGGGACGUCAAUGGCGGCGGAGGAGGGCUCCUGCAGGUGUGGAGGAUCUGGCACCACACGCACGGGCCCCUCGAGCACCGGCACACCUUCCAGGACUCCGUCCGCCGGAAGCUGGUCUUCCAAGACCGCCUAGACUGCAGCGAAGACGACGCCGACACCGGCAAUAUCAACGAGAUAGGCGACCACGAUGCUGACACGGAUGACGAGACGCCUAGCACCACUAGCACCUGUCUGGGGACUGCGGCGGGCAAGAGGAAGAAGAAGAAGCUGGGGAUUGCGACGAGCGAGGUGGUGGUGUUCAGGGUGGACGAGGGGAGGCAGAAGCUGGUGAAGCUGCGGGGGAUCGGCCGGGAGCACGCGCUGUUCGUCGGGAACAACUCCGGGGUGUGCCUGCCCACCAAGGACUUCCCGGCGUUCGAGCCCAACUGUGCCUACCUCACGGCCGACUCGAACGCGUACGGCGCCACGCUGCCGAUCGACAUGGGCGUGUGGAGCUUCGAGAAGAGGAGGAUGAGGGGGCAUGGCGCUGCCGCGUGGCCGGAGGAGCUGCGGCGUCGUCAGCCGAGGGCGGAGUAUUGGCCCGGUUCAUUGCCGGCUCCCGUUUGGAUCACGCCCUCUCUUUAG